CGCAAAACCUUUAGCGAAUUGCGCUUAUUUCAGCGACGGAAGCGAAAACUUUGCACACACCACCUGUGGUUACGGAACGGAACGAAAGUAAAUAAUACGAAGUGUAAAAGUAAACGUCGCGAAUUGCCUAAUUAACUUAUAAAAAAUUGCUUCUUUGAUCGCGAUUGCAUGGCGAUAGCGAUUACGAUGUUAUUACUUGUUGUAUUGUUUUGAAACUUUCUAUGAUGGUGUUUGUUGACUAAUUUUUCUUUGGAAAAUUUCAAGUAAAUCGCAAGAAGAUUUAUUCGAGAACCAAUGUAGACCCAAGACAAACUAGCUAAGAAUGGAAAAAGCCAACCAAAACGAUUUUUCCUGGAACACUUCCUACGUUUUCGGAGAGGAUAACCAGAGUGGAUGGGGCAAAAGAUAUUUCUUCACUUACUUUUCCGAAUUCAACAAUCCAGAAAAUAGACAUUAUGUUCUGGAACUAUCCGUUCUUAUCUUCACAUUCAUCGUAUCGAUGUUUGCUAAUGUGUCAAUUAUCAUAUGCGUUUCAAGAUUUCCUGAAAUGAAAACAGUAACCAACUGUUUCGUACUGAACUUAGCUGUGAGCGAUAUUCUCUUCGCAUUGACCAUUCCAGUAGUUGCAUAUACAAGAUUCACACAGUCAUGGGAAUUAGGUGACAUAACUUGCAGAGUUGUUCCAUAUAUUCAGUUUGUUUCAGGUAUUGUGCUGCUCUGGACUUUAGCUUUCAUCAGUAUAGACCGCCAUCGAUGCAUAGUAGUCCCUCCAUACCGAUCAAAAAUGACACCUCUUCAAGCAAAUUACGCGUCAGCCCUCAUCUGGCUAGCUACGUCCAUAGCAUUCGUUCCUGUAGCUCUUUGGUUCCGACAAAUCCACGCCGAAGAUAACGUCACCAUUUGUUCGUUAGUGUUUCCACAUUCAGAUACUGUAAAUGUUUCCAUGUUAUUUAUUGUAAUUGUAGUAGUAUUUGCGUGCCUGUUACCAAUGGCACUAUUAGUGUAUCAUUAUCAUCAGAUAUUUCAGAAAAUUUUGUCCACUAAAAAUGCUUGGUCUACAUCCUGUGUAGUUUUAAGUGCCGUAGAAAUCAAGGGAUGUAGCAGGGCACAAACUAGAAGACAAAGUGAACUGAGUAUGUCUGACAUUUUUGUGCCGUGGCCGAGAAAGUUUUCUACUCAAAUGAGUAGUUCAAAUGGUAGUCGGCACGGAUCUCUAAGUACCCAGGAAGAACUUAGAUUAAAUAAACAUAUAAAAUGUGUAAGAGUUCUCUUUUUGAAUGUAAUUGUUGUCUUAGUGAUGUGGCUACCCAUAACACUAAUUAUGGUACUUAUUCAUAUAGACGGCAGAAGAGAAAACGAUGAUAUUAAUUACUUCUUAAGAUCUCAUCACUUUAUAACCGCUUUAAGUGUGGCCCUAUUGAAUACCGUUAUUAAUCCACUUCUUUAUGGUGUAUUAUCCGAUAAUUUUAGAGCUUGUUUGUUGAAAAUAUGGUGUAAGCGAAACGUGUCAAUUCUAGAUACGGCAACGCCGUCUAGCGGUAGGCAAAAUAAUAAUUGUAAAAGUAAAAGACCGAGCGCCUCUUUAAGCGAAAAGAGUGAGAAGAGUGAUAGGUUAGAUUUCGAGAGGAAAUUGGGUGGUUUGAUUUGAAGGUUCUAUUAGAAUUUACGAAUUAUCAUAGACUGCUAAUAAAGAAAUAUUUAUUCCUUA